AUGGAAGAGCCAGCACCGGGGGAAGGCCAGAGUCAGCUCGCAAGCCCCCACCACAGCUCCCUGAGGAAAGCCAUGGCAACUGCUCUGGUCCUCGAUGGGGAAUGCACCAUGGGGCGCAGGAAAAAGAAGAGGAAAGAGUCCCGCCCAGAAUCUAUCAUCAUCUACCGGUCAGAGAGUGAGACACUGGAUGAGGAGCCUGGGGAGUCAGAAGGUGGGGAUCAGCCUAAAGAGGAGGAGGGAGAUGAUUUCCUAGACUGUCCUGUGGAUGAUGGUGUGUGGAACGUGCCUGUGGACAGCCGCUAUGUCACAUUAACUGGGACCAUCACCCGAGGAAAGAAAAAGGGGCAGAUGGUAGACAUCCAUGUCACAUUGACAGAGAAGGAACUGCAGGAACUCACUAAGCCCAAGGCAUCGUCAAGGGAAACGACGCCUGGAUGCAGAAAGGCCUGCCAGCUGGGAGCAGACCGUGGGCCACACGUGGUCCUCUGGACGUUGGUCUGCCUGCCUGUGGUUUUCCUCCUCUCCUUUGUGGUCUCUUUCUACUAUGGCACCAUCACUUGGUACAACAUCUUUCUCGUGUACAACGAGGAGAGGACCUUCUGGCACAAGAUCUCCUGUUGCCCCUGCCUCAUUCUCUUCUAUCCAGUGCUCAUCAUGGCCAUGGCCUCUUCCCUGGGCCUCUACGCGGCCGUGGUCCAGCUCUCAUGGUCCUGGGAAGCCUGGUGGCAAGCUGCCCGGGACAUGGAGAAAGGCUUCUGUGGUUGGCUAUGCAGUAAGCUGGGUCUGGAAGACUGUUCUCCCUAUAGCAUUGUGGAGUUGCUUGAAUCAGACAAUAUCUCAGGCAAUCUGUCCAACAAGGAUGCCACCCAGGAGGUAGAAACAUCCACUGUCUAA